AUGUCGGCCACAGAACAAGUCAAAUUAGCUGAAUUUUCAAGCAUCUUCUCCCUCGAGGGAAAGGUCGCCGUCGUGACCGGUGGCUCGCGCGGCCUGGGACUGCACGCUGCUUCGGGCCUUCUACAAGCCGGUUGCUCCAAGGUGUACAUCACCUCCCGCAAGAAGGAUGCCUGCGACGAAGCUGUCGCCGCGUUAAACGCCCUGCCGAACAAGCGGCCCGGCGCCCAAGCCAUCUCCGUGCCAGCGGAUAGCUCCCGUAUGGACGAGCUGGACCGACUGGUGGCCGAAGUGAGCAAGACAACCGAUCAUGUCGAUAUCCUGUUUGCCAAUGCCGGCGCGACAUGGGGCGAGAAAUUCGAUACGCAUCCCGAGAAGAUGUUCUCCAAGGUCAUGGAUUUGAAUGUGAAGAGUGUCUUCUACACUAUCCAAAAGUUCACCCCCUUGUUGACGGUCAAGGCGUCGCGUGCCGAGCCCUCAAGGGUCAUCAUCACCGCCUCAGUGGCUGGUAUUGGCAUUGGUACCGUUGGUGAAAACGCCACGCCUAGCUAUUCUGCUUCCAAGGCGGCUGCCAUUCACAUUGCGAAAAAUCUGGCUGUCGAGCUUGGUCCGCGAAACAUCCUGACUAAUGCCAUUGCACCGGGUUUCUACCCUUCUAAGAUGGCUAGUGGUCUGAUUGAAAAGAAAGGUGGGUUGAAGGAGAUUGAAGAGUACUCGCCCAAUGGUCGUUUGGGCAAACCGGAGGAUAUCGCGGGUCUAGUUGUGUUCUUGGGAUCGCGGGCUGCUAGUCACCUCAAUGGAGCGGUGAUUACCACUGAUGGUGGUUCGCACCUGAAGGGAAGAUUGUGA